GUCUUGUUUACUUGUCGUUGGAGUAGUCGGUAGCUACUAGGGUCAGUCAUUCACGGUUCCGAACCUUGCAGACUCGUUGCGGUGCUAUUAUUUUUGUGAAAUGUCCGAGAUCCAGGAUCCAAAGUCUGUACAGGAUCUGACUGGAGUGGUCCAGACUCUACUGCAGCAGAUGCAGGACAAAUUCCAGACCAUGUCAGACCAGAUUAUUGGAAGAAUCGACGAGAUGAGCGGCCGCAUUGAUGACCUGGAGAAAAACAUUGCUGAUCUGAUGACCCAGGCUGGGGUGGAUGAGGUCGAGGGAGAGAACAAGGCUAAAGAGGAACAGGGUUCCGCUUAAUGGUUGCCAAGUAACAGCGAUGGUGGAGACUAGAAUGGCAACUGUUUUUGAAGAGUAUUGUAUAUUUUUGUGUUUUUUAUUACAGUGUUAUUGAUUUGCUGUGUGUGUAACAUGUUUUAUAUUUACAGUCAUAUUAACCCUUGUAAUAGUCACAGUCUUGGAGUUUUUUUUGUCGUUCUUAAAUUAAUAUUUUACUUAACUUUUGAAGUAAUACCUGGAAUAAUGGCUCUCUCAGGUGGCUCACUCGGCCAGUAACUGAUUAUGUCAACUUGCCAACGAAACAGAAAUAAUAUUUCAACACAAAACAUUUACCGCUAUUAAAAGGAUUUCCUAAAAUGUGGUGUAGUGUUUGAGAUUUCACUUUUUUUUUGGUCGUUCCACAUUAUGCUGGAUGUACAUACAAUAUUUGGUGCUCUGGAAUAAUUUUUUUAUUUAAUGUAUUAUAACAGCAUUUCAACCGUAAAAUAACUGGCAUGUGUAAUUAAAAUGUCAUGUAAUUAAAUAGGAUUUGGACACAAUUUCAAAUGAGAGCAAACAACCUUGAAAUGUCUGUCUUCAUGAAGAAGUUGGUGGCUUCAAAUGUAUCAGCAGUUUUUUUAGUUUUAACCCUGUUUUCGAUGUUUCUAAUCUGGUGCCUCCAUAAAGGACUAUGUAAAAGUG